AUGACGCGCGCGUUAGCUGCCAUCAAGCCGGUCUCGUCGAAAACCUUGGUAAAGUACAUGCGUCACGUUGCAAGCAAGGUGGGGCCGCGCAUUUCGACGGAUAUGGGAAACCAGUUCGGCCUCAUGUUUGACGGGUGGACUUCAUGUAUUUACCACUUCAUCGCCAUCUACGCCGCGUUGCUGCUGCUACAGUCCGAGGAAGGCAAUCUUGCUGACGUGCGACUCCUCUUCGACGCGGUUAUUGCGAAGUUUCCAGCGACAGCACACCGCUUUAGUCCAUCGGCUCAAAUCGUUCACUCUCCCGCGUUUGAAAGUGCCGUUGUCAAGCUGCUAUCGGAUCGAUCGCUGAUCUCAGACGAAGAAGAGGCGGUUGCCCAAUUUGCUGGUCUAACUGACUCCGCGCAAGAAACUCCAAAGAAGGUGGACUUGCGACGGAAACUCUGCGUCAUGCAAAGCGACCUCGCUUGGCAACUGUGA